UCAUUUGACAAAUCAAAGUUCGUCCCUCUCUUGGAAAUACUACACGGGAGCGAAAAGGGAGCGCGUUGGUUUUGCACACACAGUAGCAGCAGCAGCAGCUCACAAGAAACACACUGAUGCUGUUUUAAAGUUAAAGAGUGAAGCACCGCGCUGCGAUUCGUUGGAUUUCAAAGAUUCGGAGGAAUUAAAAGUUGGAGCGAUAAAGAAAGACAUUUUCGGAGACAAAAAAAACUUUCAUCUGGGACUGCGCAACGUUGCGUUCAUUCAAGCCUGCGAAGGCUGAAUUGCAAGAGUGAACAAAAUUCUCUGAGAUUGCCCAUCAACAGUCUUCGCAUGAAUCUACUCGAUCACUACCUGAAGAUGACAGAUGAGCAAGAGAAGUGUCUGUCUGACGCCCCCAGUCCGAGCAUGUCCGAGGACUCCGCGGGGUCCCCUUGCCCGUCCGGUUCGGGUUCCGACACAGAGAACACCCGUCCGGCCGAAAACAACCUCUUGGGUCCGGAGGGGCAACUUGGCGAGUUCAAAAAGGACGAAGAGGACAAGUUCCCGGUGUGCAUCCGAGAGGCGGUGUCUCAGGUGCUGAAGGGCUACGACUGGACGCUCGUGCCCAUGCCGGUGAGAGUGAACGGCUCGGGUAAAAACAAGCCGCACGUGAAGAGACCGAUGAACGCGUUUAUGGUUUGGGCUCAAGCCGCGCGCAGAAAACUGGCUGAUCAAUACCCGCACCUCCACAACGCGGAGCUCAGCAAAACUCUUGGCAAACUUUGGAGAUUACUGAACGAAGGUGAGAAGCGACCUUUCGUGGAAGAGGCUGAGCGCCUCAGGGUUCAGCACAAAAAAGAUCACCCCGAUUACAAAUAUCAGCCCCGCCGGAGAAAGUCCGUCAAAAACGGGCAGAGUGAGUCUGAGGACGGCACCGAGCAGACGCACAUUUCUCCAAACGCGAUCUUCAAAGCGCUCCAGCAAGCAGACUCGCCCGCAUCCAGCAUGGGAGAUGUGCACUCACCCAGUGAGCAUUCAGGUCAAUCUCAAGGGCCGCCCACUCCCCCCACCACCCCUAAAACUGAUGUGCAGCCAGGCAAAGUGGAUCUGAAGCGUGAAGCCCGACCGCUUCAGGAAGGCACGGGACGCCAGCUCAACAUCGACUUCCGCGAUGUAGACAUCGGAGAGCUGAGCAGCGAUGUCAUCUCACACAUCGGGACGUUUGACGUCAACGAGUUCGACCAGUACCUGCCACCAAACGGGCACGCGGGCGUGACGGUCAACACAUCCUACACGGGCGGCUACGGCAUCGGCACCGGUGCCCCUGUCAAUCAAGCAGCUGGAUGGAUGGGAAAACCUCAGAGCGGGAGCCCCCAAAGUGGGCAGCAGCACACCCUGACCCCGCUGGGGACCGGCAGCGCCGGGGACCAGGACCAACCGAGAACGACACACAUCAAGACGGAACAGCUGAGUCCCAGCCACUACAGCGAUCAGCAGGGUUCCCCGCAGCACGUCAGCUACGGCUCCUUCAACGUCCAGCACCUCCAGCACUACAGCACUUCGUUCCCGUCCAUCACCCGUGCGCAGUACGACUACUCUGACCACCAGGGCGGCGCCACCUCCUAUUACAGCCACGCAGGGGGUCAGAGCUCCGGUCCGUAUUCAACCUUUAGCUACAUGAGCUCCAACCAGAGGCCUAUGUAUACUCCCAUCGCUGACUCGACAGGUGUGCCCUCAAUCCCCCCAUCGAAUCACAGUCCCCAGCACUGGGACCAGCAGCCUGUCUACACACAGCUCUCAAGGCCCUAAGGAAACGUCCAUCACACACUCAAAUACCCACCAACUGUACGAGAGGACUGUAUGGGCUUGUACAGUAUCAUUCAUCAUUCCACUCGCUUAAAGGACUCACUUGAAUUUUCACAAAAAAGAUGGAGAAAGAAAGCUGGACUUUAAAAAAUAAGAAAAAGUAUUUAGUUUAAAACGGCUCCCAACGUGCCUUUUUUUUUAAUCGCCGGAUUUCGUGAUUAGAGUAUAUAUUUUUAGCCUUGAUUGCAAGAAAAGAUAAACAUUUUUGAGAAAUUAAUCCUCUGUGAGGACUUUUAUUGAUACAUUAAUAUGUACUGUGUAUGUUUCCUUAACAUGUUCUUCUUGUUUAUUUCUGGCAGUCAUGAGAGGCCUUCCGUGUUUUCUUGUAGAAAAGUCUAUUUUUACUAAACCACUCUCAGUAGUACAGUCUUGAUUUCCUCAUCAUCAUCACCAAUAACAAUCAGUUUUUUUCUAGUCUUCAUGCAGUGCAUUUUAUAAUCGAGCCUUUAUUUAUGUUCCUGUAAAAUACCAUUCCGAUUCGACUGUCGCAUUGCUUGUUUUCGACCAGCUCUUGUAAAAUCUGUUUGUCUUUUCCCCCCGAAAUCAGUGCCUGUCAUAUGUUAGAAGUGAAUGGGCGUUAGAUUUAAAGCGGGAAUAUCUACGUGGCAGCUGCAGCUGUGAAUUUAGUGAGUGUCUAACAGCAUGUGUCACAGCUCCAGGAAGUGCCCUAUGACCCCUGCUUGUCAUUAGCUGCCUGCAGUCAGGCCAGUGUCAUCUUACAGUCCCAUCGCAGCCUUCCUAUUUGUAUCCCAUCUUAACCCUUUUAAUUUAUUUAUUAGUAUUAAUUUUAUUUCAAAGAAAUUAUUUGCAUUUUAUUCUUUAAUACUUUAUACAAGAUUAAUUGUUAUUUUGCCUCUGAAUAUGGUGACGUAUAAUCCAACAGGCCAUUUAGAUUAAAAUUCUGUAUUCAUCAUGUUUAUUUAUCGUAUGUAGAUUUUUCUAUUUUAAAUGUUUAUUUUGUCCUUAUUUCUAACCAGUUGUGUAAUUAUUAUGCACAAAGUACUGUUGCAAUUUUUAAAAUAAGGCUGAUUAAACUGGAAGAGUAGUCUUUCGAUUUGAAAGUUUUACGAUGCUCUAUUUGAAGUGAAGUCGUAGUUGUUGUUUUGUUUUGUUUUUAGUUAGUUUGCUUAUAGAUUUUUCCCUCUUGUGCUUUACUCCAUGUCAGUAAUCUCGAUACUGAUGUCGAUAUCAUGGAUAUCUUCUUUUUUACGCAAACUGAACAAAUUUUUGUCUUUAAAAAGUUUUAACAUUUUACUGCCUUUGAAGAAGCUCGUCUUUUGUAUUACAUUUGCAAUAAAAGCAAGAAUAAAACUUAAAACGAA